AUGGGGGUUCCGAUGGUGAUGGCCAACAAUUUCUGGAAGAUGGCUUGCUUCCUUCUGAUUCUCUAUAUAGUGAAGAUAAAGAGAGUUGGGUGCUGGAAGGCCAGGAAGCCUAUUGAGAAAGGAGAGUAUGGAAUGAACAUUAUAAUCAACAUGGAUUACUCUAUGUCCAAGGGCAAAGUCAUUUCCCAGAUCUGCCACGGGAUGUCUUGUGUGAUGUACUACUUGUUUAGGAAUGAAGAGUUACUUCACGAGUGGAAAAGAAAUGGGGAGGCAAAGAUAGUGCUGAAGGCAUCUGGGAAUGAGAUUCAAGAAAUAAUAAGGCUGGCCAAGAAGAACGGCAUAUACUAUCACAAGGUGUGUGAUGCUGGGAGAACUCAGGUCCCUCCAGGAGCAAACACAGUCCUUAUACUUGGUCCUGCAUUGAGAUCCAAUCUCUCACCCAUCUCAGGCCACUUGAAGUUAUAUUAA